AUGGAUGAGACUGACCAAAGCGCGAACAGAGAAGGGAAGGCAAACGAGCGAGCGCUGAUGGAGGGAACGGCGCAAUUUAUACUAUGGAAGCUCAGGAGACGACGAGAAAUCGCAGGCGAACGGGAGAAGAGCGGGCGAGAAGGAAAGUCGCAAGAGCACGAGGCACAAGAUGGAGGGGACUCGGAAUGUCUGCCUGCCUAUGGAGGAGGGAACAGGGCGAACAAGGCGACUGCUUUUCGAGUGGUUCACGGGGACGGGGAUAGGGAAUCAUAUUCCCCCACAGCAAGACACGCCUCAACAGUGGACACACGCGCGAAUCCUGUUGAUGCACUAUUGCCAUAA